CGGCUCCAUCCAGACACACACGCGCGCUACACCUCCAGUCAAACACACACACACACACACGCGCGCGCGCGCGCACGCACACACACUCUCACACACACACAGAGGCUGAGGCGGACGUAGCGGGAGCAGUAGGGUGCAGCACGGGGGAGUUCUGCAUCGCACCAAAAACCAGUAAAAGUGCAAACCCAGACCUUUGGAAAACAUCCCCAUCACAGGGGAUUUACCCUCAACUUCCAGUGGAUUCCAGUGGACGAGAGAAAGCAAGCCGAGGCCCUAAACUUUCCGUCUUCUGUGGCAUUAAUUACAGUCCAUCCUUCCCCAAAUCUCCCAAAACAUUUGCUGCACUUGGUGCCAAUGCACUCCUCUACAUCCAUCACAUCACUGUUUUCCUUUACAAGUCCAGCUGUGAAGCGACUGCUGGGCUGGAAACAGGGUGAUGAGGAGGAAAAAUGGGCAGAGAAAGCAGUGGACUCACUAGUAAAGAAGCUAAAGAAAAAAAAAGGGGCAAUGGAGGAGCUGGAGAAGGCGCUGAGCUGUCCAGGUCAGCCGAGCAAGUGCGUGACCAUCCCACGCUCACUGGAUGGACGGCUGCAGGUGUCACACCGAAAAGGUCUGCCACAUGUCAUCUAUUGCCGCGUGUGGCGCUGGCCUGACCUACAGUCGCACCAUGAGCUUAAGGCACUGGACUGCUGCGAGUUUCCAUUCGGCUCCAAACAAAAAGACAUCUGUGUCAACCCCUACCACUACCGCCGUGUGGAGACACCAGUGUUGCCUCCAGUUCUUGUACCUCGCCACAGUGAGUUUAACCCUCAACACAGUCUACUAGCCAAAUUCCGCCAUGCAUCCCUCCACAACGAGCCACUCAUGCCCCAGAAUGCCACUUUCCCUGACUCGUUUCCUCCAGUGCCUUGCAGCUCUUUCUCCUCCUCUCCACCCAGCUCUCUGCAGUCCCCAAGUGGACACAGCCAUCCAAACUCCCCAAGCAGUACGUCCGAUCCUGCAAGUCCCUACCACAUCACAGCAGAGACCCCACCACCACCCUACAGCAUGAUGGAAACGAGUCCUCCACAGGACGUGAAACCAGAGUCAUCCAACACGCCCAAACUCACUCUGUCUGCUCCACACAGAGACCUGAGGCCAGUGUGUUAUGAGGAGCCUGAGCACUGGUGUUCUGUUGCUUACUAUGAACUGAACAACCGUGUUGGAGAGACCUUCCACGCCUCGUCACGGAGCAUCCUGGUGGACGGCUUCACUGAUCCAUCUAACAACAAAACCCGCUUCUGCUUAGGGCUGCUGUCCAACGUCAACCGCAACUCCACCAUCGAACACACCCGCCGGCACAUAGGCAAAGGUGUGCAUCUGUAUUAUGUAGGCGGCGAGGUGUACGCUGAGUGCCUGAGUGACAGCAGCAUUUUCGUACAAAGUCGCAACUGCAAUUACCAACAUGGCUUUCAUGCCACCACUGUGUGCAAAAUCCCCAGCGGCUGCAGCCUCAAAAUCUUCAACAACCAACUGUUCGCCCAGCUGCUGUCCCAGUCAGUCAACCACGGCUUUGAGGUGGUGUAUGAGCUCACGAAGAUGUGCACCAUCAGAAUGAGCUUUGUCAAGGGCUGGGGUGCAGAAUACCACCGCCAGGAUGUCACUAGCACCCCCUGCUGGAUAGAGAUCCACCUGCAUGGACCUCUGCAAUGGCUUGAUAAAGUUCUGACCCAAAUGGGUUCCCCACACAACCCAAUCUCCUCUGUGUCCUAACAUUGUCUAUACACUCCAUAACUCUCAGCACACCUGAGGAUCAGCACAGGAGAACGCAGCGUCCAAACCAACAUUUCAAUUUUUUUAGAGGUUCACGGUACCAGUAAGACAUCAAAGACUAUAAAAAAAAAAGACUUUUAAAACAUUUUGUGCAUCUAAUUGCUGAAGUAAGUAUUACAACUGUUUCUGUUUAUUCUGUGAUUUUAAUCAUGUUCACUGUGGUAUAAUCUGAUUCUGUACAGUCCAGAAAGUAACACAUUGAUGGAAGAUUAAGAAAACAGGAAAAGCAAUGCAUCAGUAGUAGCAAUGUUAGCUUGAUGUUUGUUUUGUGUUCACAACAUGGCAAAAUUUUGAAUUCUAUGACAUGCUUGUUUUUUCCUAUUUUUUUUCUUCCAAAUACAGAAUUUCCCUCUCAGUUGUGUGGUCAUUUGGUUGCACAUUAAAGAAUAUUACAAAUAAUACAAACCUAUUGCAAACACAAA